AUGGAGAGUGCUUCAUCUGGUACUCCACGCCGAUGGACCGCACUGACUCAAAAAAUCAAAGCCAAUGGCGCGAGAUACCAGGCGCAUAUCCCUUUACUCAAACGCCUUCCUGGACCGGCUGUAGCAAUCAUACUGCUACUUGUAGCAAUCAACCUACUAGUAUGGGCAGCCUGUGGAAUCGUCCUCGCCUUCCACACCCCUCUCGUCACAACCGCCGUCCUAUCAUACACUCUCGGCCUCCGGCACGCCCUCGACGCCGACCACAUCUCCGCCAUCGACCUCAUGACCCGCCGGCUCGUCGCCGCCGGCCAACGCCCCGUCACAGUCGGCACCUUCUUCUCCCUCGGCCACUCGACCAUCGUCAUCAUCACCUCCAUCGUCGUCGCCGCCAGCUCGGCCGCCAUUUCGCAGCGCUUCGGCUCCAUCUCGCAGGUAGGCUCCAUCAUCGGCUCCUCCGUCUCCGCCGCCUUCCUCCUCCUCCUCGGCGCCAUGAACGCCUACAUCUUCCACAGACUGCACCAGCAACUCCGCCGCGCCAUCGCAUCCCCCACCACGCCGUCAGCCCUCGAUUUCAACUUCGACGGCGCAGGACCCAUGUCCGCACUACUGCGCAAAGCGCUCAAGAUCGUCGACCGGCCGUGGAAAAUGUAUCCCGUCGGCGUGCUGUUCGGCCUAGGCUUCGACACGUCGUCGGAAAUCGCACUCCUCGGGAUUGCAUCCAUUGAAGCGGCGUCGGGGACCUCGUUCUGGCUCAUCCUGAUCUUCCCCGUCCUGUUUACCGCCGGCAUGUGUUUGCUCGACACCUUUGACGGCGCGGCGAUGAUGAGCCUGUACACUUCUGCGCGCCUGGCGAAGGAUGCGAUUGCCGUGUUGUAUUACCAGUGUAUUCUGACGGCCAUUACGGUGAUGGUGGCGGUGGUGAUUGGAACUGUGCAAUUGCUGAAUAUGGUGGUCAACGUGCGGCCGGAUCUGAGCGGGGGCUUCUGGCACGGUGUGCGAGUCGCGGGAGAUAAUUACGACAUCAUUGGCGGUGGCAUUUGUGGGUCUUUUAUUGUUUUUGGACUCUUGGCCGUGGCGUGCUAUAGGCCAUGGAGGAGGCGGGUUGAUCGGAUGAGAGCCUCGACGACUCUUGAGCAUGAUUACUUUGAGUGA